CCACGUAAAAGAAAAGAAAAGGUACCAAAAGAAAACAUCCGGUGGUGGUGACUGAAUUUUCAAGGGUAAAGAAAAAUGAAAGAUGAGUUCAGCUUUGAGUGGUGUAGAAGCCUCAGCCAUUGGUCUCCUCAAGAGGGCAGUAGAGCAAGAUGGGAAAGGGAAAGCACAAGAAGCAUUAGUCUGCUAUAAAGAAGGAAUUAAACUUCUUAUGGAUGUUCUGAGAGAAACAACAGACCAAAUUAAGAAGCAAGCUUUUCGACAGAAGAUUGAGCAAUAUAUGGAGAGAGCAGAAAAGCUUAAAAAUCAUGUAGAUUCUCAGAUUGAAGCUGGUAAAUAUCAUCAGCAGAUACAGAUCUCUAAUGAUUCAACUGGUCACAGUUAUCAUUCUAUGUUUACUCCUUAUCUUGAUGAGUUAGUUACAGAAGUUCAUAUUGAAGACCCUUACAUCCGUAGUAAUCAUCAGAUUUACAACCUUCUUAGAUUCUGUGAACUCCUUGUCAUAUCUGUCGCACCUGUCAAAAGAAUUCAUCUGUUAACUGGCAGAGAUGAGAACCCACAUCAGCAGCAGAAUAAGCUCAGUGAGUUACAAAGAAGCCUUGCUGACCAUGGUGUAGAAAUGAUAGUCUCAUAUUCAGACACAUUGCAUGAUAGACAAGUUAGGUUCAACAACGGUUGGAUCAUCAAGAUUGGUCGAGGUUUAGAUUACUUCAAGAGGACUGGUCAGUAUAGCAUCGGAUUCUGUGAUAUGGAUCUGAGACGAUGUCAUGAAACUACAGUAGAUAUUUUCCAUAGCAAGCAUACAAAAGACAGAUGACAUAGGUAGUAUGUUAGAACACUGUAUCUUCCAUAGCAAGCAUACAAAAGACAAAUGUUAUAGAUAGUAUGUUAAAACAUUGUUCAUCUUGACAUGAUUGAUGAAGUCAUCUUUAUUCAUUAAAGAAUAAAGGUGUGGAUGAACCAGUGUGCAAUUUAUUUCAAAUGAAAUUUGAGGAUCUAAUAGAACAACUCAAUCGUGGUAUAUGAAAUUUGUGUUCUAUGCUAUUUACACCCUGAAAUAAAUUGUACAUUGAAACACCUCAGUCAUGCAGCUAUAUGUUAUUGUAGUUGUGUAUGAAAACACCAUGUAAUGAAUGCUGAAAUCUGUAAGGACCAAAACACUGUGUCUAUUUACAUAAAACAGUCACCUUAGCAGUAACUGAUUAUUUCAAGCAGCUCUAAAAUUAAGAACUGCACUACUGUUGCAUAAGAACAUACCGCUUGACUCGAUUAGUCAAUAAGUUGAUAAAGAUUAGCGGUAGGCAGGUCCUGAAAGAGUGGCUUUUAUCCAAGUGAUAUUAAGCAUGGUGUAGACUGAUUUUGUAUACUUUUUUUCAA